AUUGAAUCUUUAGAAAACGAGAUUUCGUUUACAUAUGAUGCUGUGGCUACUAUCAUGGUUCAUUAUCAAAGCCUAAAUCUUACUUAUACCAGUAGUAAGCCAGAACUUGACAAAUUUAAAAAUGCAACACGUCUUGGUGCAAUGGAAAAGGAACUUUUAACUGCUUAUGAUGAUUUAGAACUUCAGAUCAAUCACCUAGGUCGCAAAAUGUCAAAAUUAGAAAAGCGCUUGAAUGAUCUCAAACAGUGUCAUAAAAAACAAAAAGAAGUA